ACAGUUAAUCGUUUGUAGAAUUUGAACAGACUAUAUAUCCUUUCUGCAUUCCACUGACAGGGAGAAAUGUUUCUCUGCAAACUUGAAGCGACCAUCAGCAUGCUUUUCUUGAGCACUGGAGUCAUGCAUAGUGAGUAUAUAGUGUAUAGCAGCUAUUGCCUUUCAUUUUUUGUUGUUUUGUUGAAAGAAUUGUAUAUGCUUAUUUUUUCAAUCAUCUUACAAUUCAAAGGUUUAGGGUUCAAUCAUAGCUACUGUACCUUACGAUGGCCCACCAAGCUGUGCGUCAGUGUAUGGAUGUGUGCCUAUAAGUCAGUGCAUUUGCAUAAAUGUUGCUAAAGUGUAAAUUGCUUUGAGAGGUCACUGUGGCUAGAAAAAAACAACUAAAUAUUCAGUCCAUUUUGCAUUUUUAAAUCCUUCUGCGAGAGGCCCUUGGUGCAAGAACAAAUCUUCUGAUAUUUUGGGCUCCUCUAUCAGAAAUCUUGCAAAGAUCACCUAGUUGCUUCCAGUUUAUGGCGAGAUGCUCAGAGUAACAUUUAGAAGCUAAGAAAUGUGUCUAAGUAAUGGCAUCACUGUGAGAGAGCUCUUGAAUUUUAAUGCAGUGUUGAUUAGGACUACGCAAUGCUUUUAAGUGUGUUCAUCAUAAGGUUCUGGAUUACUUUCUAGAUACUGAUAGAUGGAAAUGGUUAUCUUGGUUUUAUUUUUUUAUCUUCCUUUUUACAUGUUUUACCACUUUUUCCUUAUCUUUUCAUUUAUUUAUGACGUAUGGAACCAUUUUUCAUUAUAUCUCUGCAUAUGGGGAGUAUUUAUGAUUACCAGCACCUGGUGUGAAUAUAACAGCCUUAUUCUAAACAUAUAUAUACUGAGAAAACAUUGAAAUGUUUAAUAGUCCUUUUUCUGCUCUAUGAAGUAUGAGUAUCGAAGCUGUAGCUUAAUUUCGUAUCAUCUGGAGUGUUGAAAAGGUUUCAGAACUGAUCAUCAGUCACUUCCUUAAAUGCUUAACUGUUCAACGGUUCUGGGUAAGUAUGAUAAAACAGUUUUCAGUUAAAUGAGUGGUACAUCAUAGUUUACUUUCAUCAUCAAGCAACAUGACAAGGAAGAAAGAUGAAAAAGUCAUGCUGUUCUUAGCCAAACACUUGCAUUCGGAUGAGGCGAACCAGAAGAUGGAAAAAACGUGGAGGACACUCUGUGAGGGAUAUGGGGGGGCAUGUUGAUGUGCACUGAUCUUUAGGGUCCCAGUGAUGGCAGUUAGAGGAUUAGAUGGGAAGGAAAACAGACUGAAAAGACAAGUUUCAUGAUGAGUCACUUUGUGACAUUUUAAGAGAAGAGUCCCCUGACACAUUUCUAGUCCUCUCUCAGUCUCACACUCAGAGGGUCCCAGGUAACAUCUUCUGUCAGCUUCUCCUACAUGGUAAGUUCAGACAAUAUAUCUUUGUCUUCUUUGAGAUUUAUUAACCUUUUAAUCUGACUUGUGGAACUGAAAUCUAUUUAGAGGACUUGCAGCAUCAGAACUGGUUUAAUUUUUUUAAAUAUAAAUUUUUUUCUGUAAAUAAACCCAACAUAUAAUUCAUUUUGUAUGCAUUACGUCUGCACAUAUCUGACACAAUCAAUAACCUCCCUCCUCCUCUUCUUCUUCUUGUGUUUAUUUGCUACUACCCAGAUGCUGCCUCUCUGUUAUCUUACCGUUUCAUUGCUUUGGAGACUUCAGUUCCUCUCCUCUGCACUUGCCAUCCAGUGCAACGAGAAUACCCAAUAUGAAUGGCCAAUAUUCAACCCCAAGCAAUGUUGCAACAAGUGUCCACCAGGUCAUUAUUAUGUUAAACGGUCUGACACCACUUGUGACAUCUCAUGCAAGAAAUGCACGGGUGAGAGGUUUAUGGAUACCUACACCCUAGAAUCAACCUGCAAUAUUUGUGGAACAUGCACAGCAGAACAUUCUGAGGUUGAAUCCAACUGUACAAUAACCCACAAUACUGUUUGCAAGUGUAAGGCUGGCUACAGAUGCAUAGACAAGUCCUGCAAAAAGUGUGAGCCUGUUCCAAAGACCAUCAAACCCACCCUGCCACCACCCACUACAGUAAAAGUUUGGCUCACCUCCAUAACAAAAACAACUGAAAAACCAAGAAACCCAAUCAGAGACACACAGUGGUUCCUGGUGAUAGUCGCCCUUCUAUGCGCUGGAAUAGCAUUGGUUGUUGUGACCAAAAUCAAGCCUUUCCUCCACUGGAUUCGGUCCAACCACGGUUAUUUUUUUGUUGAAAAACCAGUCCUUCCAUGCACAGUGGACGAAGAUGUGUCAAAACCAGUCCAGGAGGUUUGUGGAAAAUGCGACAACUGCAUCGAUAUCUGUAUAAAAGAAUAGAUGCUGAUCGCUGAUGAACGACAAUAUUCUCUGACUCAAGAAAGAAACAACAUCUCCCUUAUUUCUCCGGAUCUUGUUGAUGAAUGCAGAGAAACAUAACUCAAGUUGUUAUAAUGCAGAGGAACCACAGUGGAUGAAUGGUUUAGAAACUACUGUCUGUUACUGAGAGGAAACAUCACAAGAUAUCUGCAUCCUGAAUACUCAUAAACUAACCAUAUAAAAACUACACUGGGAAGAUUUAUUCUACCUAAACACACAGAGUGGGACACUAUGACAGUCCUGCAUGGGCUAUUUGGUCUUUUGCCAAAUGGGUAUGUACUAUGGUACACUGGACUAUAUAGGAGGAGCACACAUGAGACUAUAUUUAAGUAAAAUUUAUGAGAUUAUCUUUUAGAGAUGAUUGUGAUAGAUGGGCCCAAACAUGUUUCUAAGUAAAUAUGUUUCCUUAUGAAUUAUCUCCUGUAUAUAUGUAUAUAGACUGACAUUCUGAUUUGUUUUUAGAUCAUAAAUAUUAAAUAGGGAAUACCUUGAAAAGUUAAAUACAUUCUUUUAUUUUUUCUUUAUUCAAAAUAAAAUGUAU